AUGGGAUGUUUUGGGUAUAGAAGGUCAUGUGAGAGCUGGGAGAAUACCAACCACGUCUGUUCAGAAGUGAGCAAGAAGAAAAUUUCGUUAGCUGAUGACGAAAAGUUGAUCAGCGGCACAAUUGGGAACCAGGACACGUUCUACAGCUUAAUCGGUAAGUUUCCGCUGAUCACAGCGAGAUUCUACGGUCGGAUGUGGAUGACCUCCGCUGAAGGACCAUUGAAGGCUGCUGGUGAUAAGAAAUAG